UGUUGUUAGAGCUUAUGGUUGGAGAUUGCAAGUAGGAUGAGCUGUUUGUGGUUCCUGCUGUUCUGCAGUUUGGCUGCAUCAAGACACUCUCUUGCAGCCCAAGGAUCACAACCCAGUCAGGUACACCUGAAGAACAACCACAAAGAUCCAAGGAUUCGUUCUAGAAAUUAUUGUGAUCCUACAUACAACCACACUGGAGGGAAUAUACAGGACUGUGACCCUGGACAGUACAGGGAGAGACGGGGACCGUACAGAGGACAAUGUGUCCCCUGUAAUUGCAAUGGUCUCUCCCAUCAGUGUGAUCAAAACUCAGGGAAAUGCUUGAACUGCCAGUCCAACACAGCAGGAGAUCACUGUGAGCGCUGUGCUGAGGGACACUAUGGCAGCGCUGCUCUCAGGACCUGUCGAGUGUGUCCAUGUCCCUUUUCACAGCUGUCUCACAGUUUUGCCAUUGGGUGUCUGGAUGUUGGAGAUCAUUUUGAAUGCCUGUGUAAGACUGGUUAUUCUGGAACCCACUGUGAAAGGUGUGCCAUUGGUUAUUAUGGUGAUCCACUCGCAGAUGGAGGAAGCUGUCAGCUUUGUGACUGUGAUUACGGUGACAUCUGUGACUCCAUUACAGGCCAAUGCGAAUCUCCAGAUGAUGCAAAUAAUGGUGACUGCCAAGAGUGCGAUAGUUGCUUUGUGACAUUAAUAGAUGACUUAGAGGCAAUGGAUGAUGAGUUCUCGAUCCUCAAGGCCCAAGUCAAGUCUUACAGAAACAUCUCCAUAAAUCUUACUGCCCUGAGAAAACUAGAACAUCACAUUACUGCUACAAAGGUAUUAGUAAAGAAUUACAGAGAAUCUGUUCAAGUUCUAAAGCAGGAGGUGAACAAACUUGAGGCAGACAUGGAUGGUAUCAGAAAAGACAAAAUUGAACUAAAGAUUAAGGCAGAUCAAAUUUCUUUAAACAGUCAGCAUUUAUUAAAGGAUGUGAACAAAAACCACCAAAAGGGCCAAAACCUGCUGACUAAUAUUGAAGAAGUUUUGAAUAGAAUACAAGGAUUCCUGGAACAGCUGAAGAUUUUGAACGGGAUUGAGCCUAGUCUGUCUGGCAAGGUGUUGAUUGGCAUGUUGACGGAGGCACAAUGGAUGGUGGAACAAAUGCAAAAACAAAAUUGUACGGUGCAGAGGAGGUUGGCUGAAUAUGAGCUCUGGGAAGCACGAAAACUCUUAGAUAACAUCAUGAACAAUCUAACAAGUCCUCUGGAAAGUGCCCGUGAUACUGCUGAAAAAAUGGCCCAGGUCCUGAGGUCCACGAACUUUGGGCUUAAAGAGCUAGAGGAAGCACUAAAGCAAGCAGAAACAUCUGUAAACAAAACAAUUAUCAUAAAUGAUGGCAGUGAAGAAGUUUUGUCUGAUAUUAGGAAUCAUCACAUGAGGUUUGAGAACAAGCAAGAUGACAUCUUGUCUGAUCUAGCAAUGAUUAGAGGAACACUGAGAGGCAUAGAGGCUCUUCAGAGCAUGAUGAACAACCUAAAAAAUGACUAUGCCAAACUUGCAGCUGAAAUGGAUGGAGCAAAAUCACAACUGAAUCAGAGACUUGAUGAGCUUUCUAAAGCCACAGCCAUGGAUGGUCUGGUCAGAAAAGCAGAGGAUCAUGUACAGGAGCUCAUGGAUCUUGCAAUGUAUUUUCAAAUGUCUCUUCUAAAUUUCAUCAACACUUCAACUGUUCAUAAAGCAGUAGAUAUGAUCAAAGCUUUUGGAGACAUUGUUAAAGCUAUCAAAGAAGCAGAGGAAGCAGCUAACAAAGCCAAUAAAGCAGCAGAUCAUGCCGUAGUGGAUGAAAAAGCACAAGGCUCCAUCAAAAAGGCAAAAGAACUAAAGAAUUCGGCGAACAGUCUAGAUGACAAUGCUAAGGAAGCAGAAAAUAAUUUAAAAGAUAUUGCACAAAAAUAUGAUACCGUUCAAAAUCUCCUGGAUAAGGCAAAGGGCAAAAAAAAGGAUAUGCAAAAAGAUAUCCAAACUCUCAAGAAUGAACUAGACUUAAUCAACCGAGAUCAUAUUGGUGCCCUUCUGAAACAAGCUAAGGAUGCUGUCCAGGCUGCCAACAAAGCAGCCAACAAUGACACAGCAUGUUUAAGAACCAUUAGUGAAGAGUUGGACAAGAUCAAAAUACCAGCUGGGGAAUCAAAUGUGGAUAACAUACUCAAUGGCAUCAACAAAACAUUGGAUACACUGAACAAAUUCUUUCCCAACCUUACUGAUACACUGGCUGAAGUGGAGAAUCAGUGGACUGAGAUGCCCAGCAGAGCUAAUAUGACUGAUAACAUUAUGAGAAUCAAAGACAUCAUUGAGAGAACCAGAGAAUUAGCCAACACAAUUAGAGGACCAAUCUUAUUCUCUGGUGAAAGCCACAUAGAGCUGCGCCCUCCUAAAAACCUAAUUGAUCUACAAGCCUUCACUGCCAUGGACCUGAUGCUCCACCGGCCUAAAGACAAGUCUUCUGCUGGGGAAUAUGGAGAGGAAGAAAAUCUGUUCGUCCUCUACCUAGGAAACAAAAAUACGAAGAGAGACUUUAUAGGCAUGGUGGUCAUAGAUGGUGUCCUAUACUGCGUGUACAAACUGGGUGGCACAACCUACAAAAUUAAGACUGAAAAAAUUACUCAAUCCAGCAUUACAAGCUCCUUUAUGGAUAGAGUGGACUUCCAUAGAGUUUACCAAGAUGCAGAAGUCAUCUACACCAGGCAUUACACCUCAACUGACCCCAGAAAGCUGCCAAAAAUCACAAAUCAACCAAAUACAACUGUAAACUUGCUGGAUCUUGGGAGUGAUGAUGUUGUUUUCUAUGUGGGAGGCUAUCCAGAUGACUUCACUCCACCACUAGAACUCCUUUAUCCCAAAUUUAAGGGGUGCAUUGAGUUUAACACAUUAAAUGAACACAUCCUCAGCCUAUACAACUUUCAGCAUGCUGUCAACAUAAGAAAUACAGACCGAUGUCUAAGAGGUGAGACCCGAGAGGUGACAAAGUACUUCGAUGGUACAGGCUAUGGUAAGAUCGAUGUGGUCAGCAGUAGAUCUGUCAGGUUCUUUGUUUCAACUCGACAACAGAAUGCCUUGCUGCUUUUUAUGGGCAAUGAGAAAUCUCAUUUCACUAUUACUGUUGAACGAGGCUAUGUUGUUCUACGGAUCACAGAGAAUGGCGAAACACAAAUUGAAAGGAGUACGGUAAAAGUUUUUCCUGUGGUCUAUUUCCAAAACAUCAAAAUCCUUCAGUCACCCAACAAAUUUGAGAUGAAAGUUGUUGCUUAUUCAGUUAAUAUUAGGGUCAACUACAAGGUCUAUACACAAGCAUUUAUAGGAGGAAUCCCAGCAGUGAUCGCAGAGAGACUAAAUAUUAACCACCCGGCAUUAAGAGGCUGUCUUAAAGGGCUUGAGGUGGAUGUUGCCAUUAAAUUCUCAGUUGCAAUUGGAAUUCAUCCUGGUUGUCCACUGGCUUUACUGGGUGUACAUGAAGUUACUCUGGAAACAGGAAGUUCCCUCAUUCUUAUUGCUAACAGUACACUGCCAAGUUCAGACACAAUGGUUUCACUGGGCUUCAAAUCCACACAGAGCAGUGGGGUCUUACUGCAGACUGGGGGUGAGGACAAUGGAUUUGAACUGUCUCUGGUUAAUGGACAUGUUGAGAUGAAAGACAGUACAACAAGUUUAAAAUCCAAAAACAGAUACGAUGAGGGACAUUGGCACUACGUGACAGCUUUUAGAAACACUACAGGAAUGAAGCUAAAUGUUGACAAUUUGGACAGAGGUGAUGUGCAGACAAUGUCAACAGGCCCUAUGGUCCAUAACACAGAUGUGAUAUUAGGAAAAGAGACAUUCAAUGGCUGCAUCAGGAACUUUUAUAUGAGGAGAAUGGAAAAUAGAUACAUUCCAAUUGAUCUGAGCAAUUUCACUCAAACGGGAUUAGUGGAUUUUGGGUCGUGUAACACUCAGCAGCAGCCUAUGUCCAUCAUGGCAAGAAGCAGAUUAAGAAGAAGAUGGCAUGUUAAUUCCAACAUCAGAAAGAAAUACUGUAGUGAGCAAGUUGGUCACACCCUGGCCUACCAUCUCAAUGCACACAGUCAAAUCCAGCACAUCAUAUCUCAAGAAGAACUUAAUUAUAGGCCUCAUAUUUUCCUGGACGUGCGUACGAGGUCUGCCAGUGGCCUGCUGCUCCACAUCACAGAUAAUCAUGGUUUUGCUCGUAUCAUACUCUUCAUAAGCGAGGGCAGAGUCACACUCUUUGUUGGAGAUGGAACACUAAUCUCCUAUCAAAAGAAGAUUAAUAACGGUGCCUGGCACAAUAUCAGAUUUAGCUUUGAGCAGCACAUCGCACAUUUGGUGGUGGAUGGCGUUCACGUUCCAGAUGGAAAGCUGCAGAAAGAUGAAGGGAUCUCACUGGAUCUUCAACCCCCUGUUUACUUUGGAGCUGGAAGGAUUCAAUUAACAACUGGCGCACAGAGCCUACAUUUUCCUCAGGAGAGUGUGAUAGGGUGCAUCCGGAACAUCAAGUUUAAUGAUGUUCUUAUUGGAGAGCCAGCUGUCAAUCAUGGAGGAACUCCCUGUUUUGAUGGGGUGGUUGAGAAAGGGACAUACUUUGCUGGAGAUGGCUCUCACAUCAUUUUAGAGAAACAUUUUAUGUUGGGUGCUGUGUUUAAUUUAACUUUCGAAGUACGUCCCAGGAACAUGACUGGCUUACUUUUCCACUGUAGAGGUCACCGAGGUCACAGCCUCAGUGUAUUCCUGAAGAAAGGCACAAUGGUGGUCCAGCUGAAUGAUGGAGGAGGGGACUACAGCGCCUCUGUGACCCCUUCUCUGCCCCUCUGUGCGGAAUCCUUCCAUCGUGUGACAGUGACCAAAAAAGGAAAUGUCAUCAAGCUAAAGAUGGGACGCAAUUCCAACAGUGCCGUGGGGUCUUAUGUGUAUUCCCCUUCCAAGACUCGCCGCACACUUUACAUUGGAGGCAUACCAGAGAGCAAGAGGAAGAUAUUGCCUGUGUGGAGCUCCUACGUGGGAUGUUUGAGAAAUGUGCAAAUAAACCAGGCUGCUCUUUCAUUUCAGUCUGUUAGCAGUGUAUUCGGUUCUGUCAACAUCAGUGAAUGUCCAGCACAGUAGUUUAAAGCCUGUUUAUAUUAGUUAUGUAUGUCUGGUCCAUUUUUUUAUUAUUAUUUGAUUAUGUCUUAAGUGCAGAUUUUGUAUGUCAAAGUGUAAAUAUAUUGUGAGCAAGAAUUCUGGCAGGAGCACAGGAGUGUCUUAAUCAUUGCAGCAGCACUUGGGUACAAAUACACUAAAUGGUUGAUAUCCAUUUGGGUUUUUAGACGUAACUUACACCAGUAUAAUGACAAUGGCUAAGUAAUUUUUCAAGUAGUGUAAAGAGUGCUCACCAAAUCCUGCCAGUGUUCUCUUUAAUGAAAUCAUUUUCAAGUAAUGGUUUAAUAAUUGUAGAGU